CUUGUAUAGAAAGUUAUCUAUAACUAGAGAUAGAUACAUUUAAUUGCCAUUGAGUUUUUUUUUCCACACUGUUCAAUAUAUAGAUCUACUAGUCCAAAGAUCUAGUAACAAAAUGGCAGAAACAGAAGUUCCAAAGCUAAUAAGUUCUGACUCAACAGUAAAAGUCCCAAGUGAUGGUAAAGUUUCUGUUCCAAACAUGCCAAAACUAACAGUUUCUGGUGUCACAUCAAAAUCUGAAAGUUCUCGUAUGAAGAAAAAUCCAUUCAAAAUGCCUCCUGAUACAGAUAUAUUUUUAUUACGUGACAAGGAAAAGCAAAAAAAGUUUGAGGAGCGUAUGCGGCAACGUGAAUUAAAAGUUCAUGAAAAGACCACUUAUGCUUCUCGAGUGUGUUUUAGACCAGCUUCUCUUAUUCAUCCUCCUGAGUCAGACUCAGAUGAUGAAGUUGAAAGUGAUAAAGCUGUAGCUGUAAAAGAUGAUCCACAGUUUACAAUAGCAAUUACUAGAGAUCGUCAUGUAGAAAAAGAGUCCCUUUCAGAGUAUAUUGCAAAGAAGCGAGAAAUGUUUUUAGUUCAGUACUCCUUAGGUGUAAAAAGGGAUGAGAUGAGAAAACUUGAAGAGAUAGCACAGGCAGAAGAGAGAAAACUUGAAUUAGCAGAGCAGUACUUAGAAGAGGAUGCUGCGUUGUUUGAUGAGUUUUUGAAAGAAAAUGAUAAAAAUUCUGUGGAAGCUAUUAAAAUAGCUGAAACUGAGGCAAAACUGAAGAUGGAAAAAGUUAAUGAAAUAAAAAGGAUUAAUGCACAGAUGAUGACUAUCAAGUCAGAAAUUUCUAAGUAUGAGGACACACUCAAAGAAUACCAGUUGUAUAGAGCAUUUUUGGAAUCAUUGAUACCCCCUGAAAUUCAAGAAGAAAGAAAAAAAGACAGAGCAAGAAGAAAAGAGGAAAAGUUAAAAGAACGUGACAGGGUGACUGUUAAAAGACAAUCCAUUGAUAAGACACCAACAAGCAAACCAAACACAAGGAGAGGAAGCUUAAAGUCCUCGGAUAAAGCUGAAAAGAGGAAAAGCAAAGAUAAAAAAGCUGAUGAGUUAGAUGAUUCUGAUGAAAUGGAAGACAGUGAUGAGGAGAUGGAAUUAUACUUUACAGAUCCCCAUCAGCUUUUAGAGAUAUUUGCUGAAUUAGAGGAACAAAAUUUAUCGCUAAUUCAGAAUAGUCAAGAAACAGAAGAGGCAUUGGAAGAAAUGAAAAAUACAAUAAAACAAACAAAAAUAAAAAUGGAAAAAGAAACAAAAACACUUAAAGAACAAAUUGACAGACUUCAGGCUCAGAUACAAAAGGAAGAGGCUAAAGCUGCUGACCUGAAAGUAAAAGCUCGAAUGUUCAAUUAUGGAGAGUUCAAAGCAGAUGAUGACCAAGAACAGAGGCUAGCUGACCUGAACAAAAAAGUUGAAGAAGUCUAUAGGAACUGUAUAGGUGAUAAUGAAGCUAAUAUUAGCACACUUCAAAUGUUGACAAACAUAGAAAACAGAUUAGAAGAGCUAUUUGAAAUGAUAGAAACAAUGCCACAAGAUAAAGUUGAAGCUGCCGAAAAGGCCAAAGAUAAAGAGAGGAGACUGAAGAUGAGAGAAGAGAAGAUGGAACAGCUGAGAAUACACCAGGAGGAGAGAGUCAAAAAGGCAUUAGAGAGAGCUCAAGCAGAACCCAAAAAGAAGCAUGGCAAGAAACUAGUAUUCAGAUCAGAACCCCCACUACUGAAAAAGAAAGAGGAUGAAGGAGCAGAUCAAGCAUCCAGGGAGGAGGAAGAAUUGCAGUAUUACUUUGCUUGGUAAUCCAUCAAUGGUACAUGCAGAUAAUAGCUCAUUGUGGUGAAUGAUUGAGUAGGCUUUUUUUCUUGUAUGUUGAGACAAACUUCCACAUCAUGUUACUUCAUACAUUGCAAUCUAUGUGUAAUCUGCUGUUUUAAAUUGUUUUUCAAAGGCAGCGGUUUUGAUAUGAAACUUGAGUAUUUUGCUUGUUUAGGGUAAACUCCCUUUGCCUAUUGAAUGAGAUUCAAUUAAACUUCUAAUUAGGAAGUUUUUGUUAAUUUUCUUUGCAAAUAAUUGAAUAAGUUGUUGGCAGCAAAUACAAAUUUAAAAGUAAAUUGAGUGAUAAUUUAGCACAUUAGAAAGAGAAAAUGUUAAUUGGCUUAAUGAUUUACACAGCUAUUUUAAGAAACAAAAUCCACAAUGUUGUGUAAUAAUAGCUUUGAUGAUUUUUUUUAAGAUGGUGAUACUUAAUAAUUUUUACUUUGUAGUUUUCUUGCAUAACCUUUAUUUCUUGAACUGGGAAUAGAUUUUAUCAUUACAAUAGAUAAGGUUUAAAAUGUGAUAUUUGUUUACAUAUAUAUGGGUAUGUUUCACGUUACUCCUAUUUUAAUUAAUACAUUCUUUACAUGAAAAAACUGUACAUACAUUUUAUAAUUUUCAUUAUUUUACUACAUGUUUUGAAUUUUAUACUAAAAUUAUCUGUGAUUUUAAACUACGCAUUUGUUUUAAGAUUUUACUACCAUAUAGAGCAAAACACUUGAGAGCAAGUCAACAGACACAAUAAAAGAAACAAAAUC